UCAUCUUAUUGACGUGGAUGUAGAGGCAUGUCGCUGGCGCGUAGUACAAUUUAUAAAGUUGUAUAUUAAUUACAGUAUAAUAAAGCAUGCGGGGGACGAGGGGGCGCGCCGCGCUCUCAUAUUCCGUAUAUUGAUUGUGUGCGAGGGGGCCGGGGCAAGGAGGGGGCCACAGCGUGCCCCACUCUGUUUUUUACGACACGGCUUUCUGUGUAACAUAAUUAUUGUAUUAAAUUUUGUGAAAUGUCUCGGUGUUACUUGUGAAAAAUCUGGGUGCCGGAAACGCGAAUACGAGAUGCAGGGGCUGGUGAGCGACAAGACGUUCCACUUGAAGUGGAACAACCACCUGCAGAACCUGAGCCAGCUGUUUACGACCAUCUACUCGUCGUCAGCGCUGGCGGACGUCACGCUCUCCUGCCGCGAUGGGACCCUCAAGGCGCACAAACUUGUGCUCUCAGCUUGUAGUCCGUAUUUCGAACAAAUAUUCAAGGACAAUCCAUGUCAGCACCCCAUCGUGAUUUUAAAAGGGAUCCCUUUUUCUGAGAUCAACCUCCUUGUGGAAUUCAUGUACAAAGGGUCAGUGGAUGUUCAAGAAUUGGACCUGCAGUCAUUAAUGCAUACAGCUUCCGAGUUAGAGAUCCGAGGACUAGCUUAUGAAGCUCGUGACAAUGCUGCCCAGCUUUUAAAUGUGAAUUUAGAGUACCCCACAACAUAUCCACAGACAGCAACUUCCACUCAAUCCUCGUUUCAACAAGCUCGUGCAACAGACGUUGAAAGACUAAAACAGAUACACAUGUACCAGCAAUCAAUGAUGCGUGCCGAAGAGAUUAGGCGGAGGCGUCGCGACGACAACCCUGGAACGCACACGGCGGUCAAUAAUAUUUUAGCUGCUGCAGCCAGGGAAAUGGAAGAGGCUAGGAAUGCUGCAAGAGUCAGCGAACGCGUCGCUGCCACUAUACAGACGGAGCACGAGCAGGCUCUCGCAGCGGCCACGUCAACGACACCAGAACUAAAGCGUGAAUCUGAAGACGAUCGCCCCAAAAAACGGGUCUCGAUUUUGUCACCGGAAGACGACAAAAUGAGGGCCAAGAAGAAACCUAUGACAGUACGUUUCCAAGACGAGAAAGCUGACGAAAGAUCCAGCAAAGUGACUUCACCCGGGGCGGCCAGUAAUGAUUCGUUGAACAAGAACGACACUACGAGCGGUAUUAAGGUGGUGCAACUCUCGAUGCUACAGAAGCCCCCGAACAACGAACACGACGACUCCGACGAGAAGUCUGGUCACAAAGGCGUGAUGGACGACGACGAGGAAACAGAUUCGAGCGGUUCGAUGUCGGAUUCGGCCGCGAACGACGCGCAGGACGGGCGCCCGCACGUCUGCGACGUGUGCGAUCUGAGAUUCCAAAGGUCAUCGCAUCUGAGCCGCCACAAGCUGACCCACACGGGCGAGCGACCCUACACGUGCGGCGGCUGCGGGAGGUCCUUCGCUAGAUCUGACAAGCUACGAAUGCACACCAAGAUCUGUGAGAGGGAGGACCCAACGGUGGACAUGACAAACGACGCGCCGUCGAAUAAACGCGAGAGCAACUCUGAAGUGAUGUCCGGCAUGGUGCGGAGCACGCACCGCGAGUCCGGCCACCUGGUGUUCACGCCGGGCGGUGACGUCAUGCUGCCCCCCCGCCCCGCGCCCGCCGUGCUGGAGCGCGCCGACCCCCCGCCCGACGGCAUGCUCGACCCCCCGCGGAGGGGACGCGGCCGGCCCAGGAAGACUCCUCUGCCUCUAACGCCUAAAAUCAAGAAGAAGAGAGGUCGUCCCCCUAAGACAUCGCUCGACCUGGAAGGUUGCGUACUAACGAGCGGCUCAGUGAUGGGUCCGAGCCCUCAGCAGAUCUCCCACAUCACGACUCCCUCCGGACACCAACUGUUACUCAAGAGGAAACGUGGACGACCUCCGAAGAAUUAUUUCAUGCCCAAACAAGGUAUGGAUGUCGAUUUAGCGAUGCAGUACGGACUAGCCGCUGAACUGAACAAAAUUUAUGGACGUCCGAACGAAAACUACAAUGCGACUAAUCUACCCUUCGGCGACUUCUCGUACCUGACGGAAAUGAUCUACAACCCCAUGACGUACAGCUACGGCGUGACCAGCGUCGACCCGGACCGGAACGUCGACACCGACCAGAGCAUGUCCACCGAGCCGCACGACCGGACCAUCGACGUGUCCGACACGUCAUCGGACGACGACGACUCGCGAGUCGAGCCGGAAGAGAACAUCCCUGCCGUUGCCAUGGAAACGCAGAUCAUGACCGUCGGCGACUGUCAGAUCGUCAAACUUCCCGCCAACAACGAUGAUAAGGACGACAAAAUUGAUCAAUCGGCUGAGGGUAGUGUAGUGACGUCAUCGACUCCUAGCUCGGUCACCAUCACCCCUAUAACCACAGUGGGCGACUGCACCAUACGGCCCGUCGAGAACACAUAAUGUGUGCAACCGUCUGUCCCCAUAAUAUGCGGAGGUCUGCUUCUAUGGUUCGUGUGAGCGCGUCGCGACGUUUCCCUGUAAUCGAUUAUUUUAAUUAUGUCGAUAGUAUCGAUCGAUACUGAAUCAGUAUUCUACUUAGGUAUAGUUUUACAAAUUUUAAACUUUUUAGUUUUAAUCAUACAAUACAUCAUCCGGUUUUCGAGUGUCGUAACGUUGUUAAUUAACGAUAAGAAUAAUUGGAAUUGAAAUUUUUUUUAUCGAUUUUUUGAUGAAUCGUUUUUGGUUUGGCACGACAAAAAAUACUCUUGUACAAACGUUAUAUGGUUUAGGGUUUUAGUUUGUAAGAAUGAAAGACUUAUGAAACGACAUAGUUAAAUUACAGGGAGACGCCAUGUUCGCUCACUGCGGAGUCGAGCUGGUAUGGGGAGGGCACGAUUAUCCAUUGUGGUAGCAUUUAAUUAUAAUGGCAUUUACAUGCGCCAUAAAAACAACACUAUUAUAUACUAUAAAGACAACGCUUCGAGAUACUGCAGGUUUUCUUAACUAGGGUUGAGAUAAUCGAUAAUCGAUGCGUAGUUCAACAAAACUUUUUAGUAGUGAUAUCUCGAACAACUUAUAUAAACAUAUUAUGACUAAACUUACUAAUCGAUUUAACAGUACCCACACGUGAGCGCUACAUAUUUUAUAGAUAUUUCUUUUUCAAUGGUUCGUAUUUAUUCUUGAGUUAUAUGAAUCAUGUAAGUCUUCCGUAUUCGUAAUGCUACUACAAUGACAUUGACAAAAACCAUCGAGUAUUCCUUGAAUUAGGUUUUGACUGUCGACCCGUGCAUUUAAGGAAUCAGCGAGGAAUAUUAAUUUAUUUCAUUCGAACGUUUUAUUUUAUAAACGCCAUAAGCUUUACAAUUUAAUUAAACGUGAUACUCAUAUAUAUACCUGUGUACCAGAACAAAUUCGUCACAAUCCAACAAACUUUCUACGUAAUAUAAUUAACUAGGGAUAUAAUAAUAAUAAUAAAAAACAAACAAACAAACAAAAUAGUUUCGUAUUAUUUUUACAUUAAACAUAACACCAAAUACAGAUUGAAUAUUAGUCUCGGCGGAAAGCUCCCUCUGCACAUUGACUAAUAGAUUUAAUAUUUUGCGAAUAUAUAACUAUACAUUAGGCGCGUCGUAACACGCGAAGUUACGAAGCGAUAAUAUUUAGAUGCGCUGUUCGCGACAUGCACUAACGAAGUUGCCUUCAAUGGUUUUAACUGUAAUCGUAUUGUAAUAAGGGGCACUUCUCAAAAAUAUUACACUUGCGGCCACGAACGCGUCGGCAGUGUAGAUCUCUCGGUCGAUCUGAUGCAACACGAGAGACUGACUUCCAUUAUAUAUGUUAACGUUAAUAUUUUUGAGCAGUGCGAUAAAGUUUCGUGUAAAUUAUCGAACAAGUCGCGUUCGUAUCGAUAAUAUAUAAAGAAUAUCGAUAGGUUUAAUCACUCAAUACUCUAAUCGGUUUUAAAACGAUUUUCUCAAUUUAUUAUUGUGUAGGAGGAAAUCGAUUAAAUAAUAAUCGCGAACGAUCAAACCUAACCUUGUGUUUAAAUUUAUAAGCGGUGUUCGUAUAAUAAAUGUUUGGGUUUGAUUCGAUCGAUGUAAUAAUUCCCGAGAAUUGUCUGUGGUGGUUUUGAUUCCACAAAAAAAAUAAGAAGGUCUGAUCUAUUCGGUAUAUAUGGAAAUUUUCGUGCAUUUUUUUUUGGUGUUGUCAAUCUGUAGACUGUCUUUUUUGGAUCAAUUAUUGAAGAAAUACCUUCUGUUUCGAACAGGGUUAAAUUAUCGAUGUUUUAGUGAAGUGAUUAUUGGAUGACUUUUAUUUAUUUAUUGCAUAAACAAUGGUGAAUCCUAAUCUGGUGGUAAGUGGUUAAUCUGAGUUCAUAGACAUAUCACAACGUGAAUGUCGCCAGUGAGACUUCAAAAAUAUAUAUCAAUUGUUCUGUAAUUAGACAUGUUACAAUUAUCGCGAGUUUAUUACACGAUGUUAUUCGUGCGCCAUUGAAGUCAUUCAUGAACAUUUGUCAAGUACGUAUUUCAUUACAAAAAUUGGUAGCUGCCCGUGAGAUUCGAACACCGGCACAGUCGCAUCGCUUGAUACGAAUGUACCGGGCGACUUAUCUUUCAGCCUAAGACGACUUCAAUGAACAAUAAGUUUUCAUUGCCCAUUCACUUUUCAAUCGCGAAACAAACUCGGGUGUCCAUAAUUUUGCUUCUUAAAAGGUAAAUUGAUCCUGAAUUCUAACCAGCCCAUUUACUAGACAACUUUCAAACAACCUCUAAAGCUAAAAGUAACAUUAAAUUUUUCUAGUGAUGAUAUUUUCAAACCGCGCGUUCCGAUGUUGUCUCUAUUGUCAAAUUGUCUGACUGACAUUACCGACGAUAUAUUUUUUACUGGCUCCAAUUAGAGCCACCACAGACGCGUCUCAAUAAAAAUGGCGCGAACUUAGAAUCUGAUUGGCUGUAUGUACGCCGUUUCCUUAGGCAUAAACUAGUUGCGCACGCUACGUCGCCUCUCAUGCUCUUGUAUCGGCCACUGUGAAUACUAGACUGUAGUUUAUGUAGUGUCUUAGUAAUGUAAUAUUCUAAAUAUUGAUAACGACUCGGCAACACCACGCGAACAAGUGAUACAUACAUACGUCUUAGCUGAUUAUUUGUAGUGGAACUUGUAACGUUAAUAACAAUAUUUAUAUGUUUAUUUUAAUUUUGCUCGGUAAUGCGAAGAAAAAAAAAUGUUUUUUUUUUCUUUCAAAAACGUGAUUCUUUGUAAUACAUGUUUUGAAUCAAAUAUCAAGAUUAUUUUUAAAUAGAUUUCUCCACUAUUUAAUGGAUGUUAUUAUACAUAUAAACCUUCCUCUUCAAUCACUCCAUCUAUUAAAAAAAACCGCAUCAAAAUCCGUUGCGUAGUUUUAAAGAUUUAAGCAUACAUAGGGAUAUAGGGACAGAGAAAGCGAGUUUGCUUUAUACUAUGUAGUGAUAAUACAAUCGCGGACUAUGACUAGUGUUAGAUAUUUCUACCUGCAGAGACUGAUGGGGUAGCUAAGUACGUGAAUUUCGGUGACAAUUAUGUUUCGCGUAAUUCCAGUUAUUGUGUUUAUUCAUAAUAAUAGUGUCGGUGUGUGCCUUAGACCGAGUUGGACCUGACUCUAUCGGUCUAGUGGUGCGUUAUUCGGAACAGCACUCUAAGGAAUGUGCAUUCGAUUUCCGGCUGGUGGACUUUGUUAAAGUUAUCCGAUAAUACAUAGUGUGUUUGUGAAAAAUUUCAGCUUGGGUUUUUAAUUUAGAACGUUUGGGAAAAGAAAACGAUCUUUGGAUUUAAAAAAAAAGCUUUUAACACGCAGUUCAUUAAAGAGUUAUUACCCAAAAAAAGGUGUUUAGCAAACUCAAUAUCAAAAUGAUAUUUGAUUCAAAAUUCGUAAACAGAGAAUGCAAAUAAGAACCCCACAACACAAAGACAGCUACUCGCUAAUGGUGGCUGUUAGACAGCCAAUGUUGGCGCUUCUAAAUUAGUUCCUCGUUUUAUUUAUAAUUUUCAAAUCCAAAAUAUUGUUUAAAAAUUAAAACUUUGCAUAUUUAACAAAAAUAUCUUUAUAUAUAUAUAACAAAAAUAUCUUCAAAGUAUUAAAACUCUUAAUUGGUAAACGUAUUUUCUUUAAUCUGUACAGUAGUAUAUAGUUCCUAACAUGUAAUCGAUACAAAAUUAUAACCCUCUUGGAAUAUUAGUGUAGGAAAGUAAAGUUAAUUUUUAUUUUGGGGCCGCGUCGCCUUUACCGUAUAAUAAAAUUAAAAAAAAAACAGAAUCAACAAUAUUUCGUAUGGCAACAUUAUCUGAAAAACAUAACAAAUUGACUUAACACCGAUUUAGAACUGACAUUUGAGUUUAGCAACCGGCGGCGCGGCGUCCAUGCUAGUGAUAAGUUUUUUUAUUUUAUUUUAUUUCGUAAUUCAAUCCUUUUAAUUAUUAUUAUUAUUUUUAAAGUAUUCAUUAAUCGUCUAAUCAUUGAAUCGAUUUCGUUGACGGAAUAGUUAUUACGUAUUUUAAUGAAGACUGCUCGGUAUCGCUUUCUGUUCGUAUUAUUUCGCUUGAUGUCCUUAAUUUUGUAUUUGCAAUCGUUCAAAUACGAAUAUCGUAUCUGACAAUAUUUAACACUAGCUGACCCGGCAAACUUCGUACUGCCUCAAUCGAUACAUAAAAGAUCUAAGCUUUUGUAUAAAAUAAACUUAAAACAAACAAAAGGAAUCCGUCCGACGGGGGACACAUCAAAAGGAAAAACAAAAUUGUUAUUUUUAUUUAAUUCCGAGCAUUUUCAGAUUUAUCUAUCUUUUAAACGUUCUCUGGACUUCCACAAAUAAUUCAAGACCAAAAUUAGCCAAAUCGGUCCAGCUUUUCUCGAGUUUUAGCGAGACUAACGAACAGCAAUUCAUUUUUAUAUAUAUAGAUUUAGUACGCAACAGUGCGUUCAUCCAAUCAUUGACAAUUCAAAUGUUAUUCACAAUUUGAACUAAAAAUAAUAAUGACUCUUGAAAAUAUUAAAUCUUCGUGAAUAUUAAGCAAACGAAAAAAUCGCUUGAUAAGCAGAGAACAAAAUUGUUCUAAGCUAUUUUGUUUUUCCCAAUUUCGUAUAAAGAUAUGUGCAGAAAAUUUCUUUGUAAUUUCAGAGGCAAGACUGAAUACGCUAAUUCUUUUUAACAUUAUUCUUGAUACUGUCUUUGGAGUAUCGUGUUAUUAAUUAUCAAUUUAUUCAUGUUUCUUGUCCAUUCCCAGUGCAAUCAUCAAAGAAAUUAUAAAGAUUGACCGCUAUUUUCGGCCCAAACCUCUAUAGUUUAAACUUUAAUUUUAGACUGAAUCAGUUCUGCAUAACCACAUCCAUCGAAUUAAGUUUUCGCAUCGACAACUCAUCAUGGAUAUUUAUUAAUUUGGUUAUUUAUUGUCUGCGAAGUCGACUGAGCGAUUGCGAGUACAAAGAGUUGUAUUGUAUAAGUAGCCCUCGAGAGGCAUUGAAGCUGAGUCUCAGGCGGCAAGCUAAGCUUAUUGAGAAUUAUUUAAUAUAGGAAUCUGUAUUUUUAUAAUGAUACUUAAGAUAAGUUGAGGGGAGCCGGUAUUGGAUUUGUUUGCGAUUUGAUCUAUUCAUUUUUAUACUUGUGUUAUUGUGGAAGCCCUAUUGGCUCGGUUGGCCUGGUUAAGUUUAAAGAGCUGUUCUGAUUGGUUGAUAUAUAUAUACAUACACCUUUCUGUCAUUAACAUCGAUUUCCCUCAUUAAAUUCGUGUACACGAGAAAUAAAUACAUAUUUUAUAUCAAUUGCGUUUACGAUCGAGGUAUUUAUUUAUCAUUAUAUUAAAUGAAAAAGUAUUUCAUGUAAAAUGUACACAGAUUUUGUGUUUUUUUUUUUUAAUGUUUGUUUACUUCAAUGAUUAUCGGGCUACAUGAUAGCGGGUGUGUCGUUAAAAUCGUUGUUUAAGUUAAGUUAAGUUACGUAUUUAAACACAAGCAUACUUAAAAGAGGUUAUUGAAAUUUUAAAUUUAAGGUGAAAUUUACAUAAUACCAUACUUAGCUUGGGAUCACUAUCAACAUGGCCCAUGCGUUGCGGCAGUCAAUUAGAAAAGUGUAAAAUUUUACUUUUUGUUACUCACCACUAUAUUUCAAAUUAACAAAAAUAAAAACUUAAUUAAACGACAAUUCCGAAGACAUCGUGCUUAAAAUUAAAAAAAUAUACCAGCGCCGCAACGCAAAAACUCGAUUUAAAUACCUAAAUAUUUUUUUGAAAUACCCUCACUCCAAGUUCCAUUACAUAUUAUUUAUAAUUUAACGUCUUCUAAAUUACCUACAAUAGGCGAUUCGUUUAGAUAUUAAAAAUGUAAUGACCCCACACUUGAAAACGUUAACAAUAGAGACGUUAUUGGUAAUUUUUAAUUUUUAUUUAUUCCAAAAAAUUACAUGUCCUUAUAUAUCUAAAAUACACAAGUUUUUUUUAAAAUCGCGAACACGUAUCGUUGGAAACAAUUAAAGGAAAUUAAUAAAUGCGAGAUUAAGUCGAAAAAAUAGUUUUAAUUGUGUAUUAAGAAUGUUUAAAAUGAAAAGUUAAAAAAGCUCGCGUUGUUGGUAUUUGAAGAGAUAUUUCCAUUACCAACCCACUGGUUUAAUAUAUGAAUGGCUUAGUCGUAUAAACAGUACGUUCUCAGAAAGGCUUAAAUUAAACUCGAUUAUUGAUGCGUGUAAAAUAAUUAACACAAAAACUCGACACUCUCAUACUAUUAUGUAGUCCGAGAACUCGUUCGAGAAAUAUCACGCAAUACGUAUUAUUAAUUUAUGGCAUGUUGAAAGAUUGUAUGCAUUUAUAUUUUGAGUAAAUGUUUAAUUUUAAUUAAUGUUUAUGUUCGUAAUGUCACAAUUGAGUUAAGUUGAAGUUUUUUUUUUUUUUGUAUUAUGUCAUUUAUGUUAUGUACCCAGAGUUAUAAUAAAUAAUCACUAUUGGAUCGUUCACAUUUUGAAUGGCAGAUUAUUUUGAUUCUCGGCGCGUGUUUGUUCGAAAAAGAUUAAAAGAUAAUAUCGAAAGAUGAAAGACUGUUUGGUUUAAGCCACAUUUAUCUUUGUAAUUAAAGGUCCGUUUUAUUUGGUAUUAGCAUCAGUAAUUCGGUGUUUUUAAUUGAACUUCAAUUAUGUUUACCCCAUUUGAAUAGCUGAAGAAGUAUUAUUAUCAUUUGCAAAUUUGAAACUUUAAAUGGUUCUCUUGUAAGGUUUUCAAAAAUGUCGCUUUAAAACAUAUAGCCUUUUACCCUUCGACAUAAUUUAUUAACUUUAUUCAGACCUGAACGUAGGUAUUUUCAUGUAAAAGAACAAAACUUACAAGAAAUACAUUUGAUUCGAUGUAAUUCAUUAAUACAAAAAUUUUGUCAUUCAAAACGCGAACGAAGUUCACGGGAUACUCCACACAUAUUACACCUGCCUAAUCAAUUAUUAUUGCAAUCAAAUUUAACCGUAAUAUGAAAAUUUUACAUAUUCACAUUACGUUACAAAAGUAUAAUAAUAUGGUGUGUGUAAUUUGAAAUUUAAACGUGUGUUGGAUGUAAUGCAGAUUCUUCUUCAAAAAUGUUAUGGCUCUUCAAAAACAAAACAAUAGUAAUUCGUCACGAUUAACCCAAUUUAAGAUAUGUAUAAAAUAUUAGACAUUUCUUAGUAGGUUGAGCUAUGCCAUAAUUUAAAAAAUCAAAUAAAAAUUCAUAUAAUUAAUUACAGUCUAAAUAUUGUUUGAACAAUGUCUACUCCACAAAACAGCACACGAGUACAUUUCAUAUUUUAACGUUUAGUUGUAGUGUCCAAGGUUUUUAUAUUCCUGUAUUGUGAAAUGACUGUCAUUUUACGUUGUGAUCAUGUGAGUGCAAAAUUUUUUAUUUAAAAAAAAAACCAGUUUCGAUGACACUUCGUCGACAUUAGGGCAGCAGAUAUAUUUAACAUACAAUAUGUUUUUGUUCUGCACAGUCCGAGAGCAGUAUUUUUUAGAUUUAAUCUUUUAUAAUUAUAAACUUUUUAUUUUUAACGUUUAUCGAAAUUCGAACGUUAGUUUCUAACAAUGAAAUAUUUAAUAAAGAAAAUCACAAAAGUAA